AUUCGACUUAAUUAUUAGUCUGAAAAACUGAGUCGAGCCUUGAGCGGACUUGAGUCUGACUCUUAACCGAACACUACAUGGUUCUGUCGGUGCAGCUUGGACUCUGUCCCCCGAACGCGUGGUAGUUCUAUCCGCUCUAAACUCUACACCGUUACAUCUCGAGUUAUCCAACAAUAGGUCGCGGAAACACAUUGUCACAUAAUUUUAAUUCCCUACACUACUUCUGUAAAAACUCCGCGAAUUGCCGCCAAACGUCUUAGCGCUUUGCGGGUAACACCACCUGUUUAGAAAAACUCAAUUGCCUGCAAUUAAAAAAUACAUGGAAAGAUGUGGCAAAAAACAUUGUUUUCAAUAACUUUAGUUGUUGUUUACGUGUCGUGUGAAAAAGAUAUGAAGAGUUCGCGUAAAGCCAGAUUAUUUACUUUUAAUACGAAAGACAAAGAUAUAACGGUGGAUUUGGAUUUUUCGAUUCCCUUCCUUUCUAUACCAGUGAAACCUACUGCGGAUAACGUUUUCGGAUCUAUUGGUAUACCGUCAGUGAACGUGAAUUUACCAGCUCUCGUACUAGGGGGUGGAAUGGUCAUCGCUUCAACUUUCCUGCUCCCAUUUCUGUUCAAGACUUACUCGCACCAUCCACCUUACGACAGAUACGCUAAGAUAUUGGAGCACACACAAUUCGGGGCCGACGGUGUACUGGACUUUGCUAAUAAUGUGCUGAGUGGCGGCGUGCAGGGUUGCGUGCUUAGGGUUGCGUGCUGGUCCGGUCAACGUGACCAUGAAGACGGAGCGAAAUUCUGGACUGGAGUUAUGAGUAACCAGCUGGUGUCCACCCUGGUAAACUCCACGGCGGUAGAAGACGCCAUCGCAUCAGGCCGGCGCGGUCGGGACUGCUCCGUGUACUCACCCUGUCCGCUCACGGCCCAACACUACCCCAUGCUUAUGAAAAAUUUGAUCCAACUGUCUAAUACUAUCAGCUAAAUUAUAGGAUUAAAUUAUUGUAAGCUUCGUCACGCUAAGUGCUACAGCAAAUAUGGCGAUGGCGCUCGCAUAAAUUGCCACUGCUAAGUCGUUGCAAACUUAGCGUAGAUGGCCCCUACAGUAUCUUUUGUUAUUAAAGACUGAUUAUAUUA